AUGGGAGGAGGAAUUGACAGGAUCAGCACAUUACCUGAUGUUCUUCUUUGUCACAUCCUUUCUUAUGUGCCAUCCGAGACAGCAGUGGCCACAAGCAUUCUAUCAAAUAGGUGGAGGAAUAUCUGGCACUCCGUCCCCGCCAUCGAUCUCGAUGACUCACUCUACCUUCACAUCGGAGACUACCAUCCUUUUGCCAACGUCGCAUACGCACUCAUGCUUAGGCUACACGCGACGCAGCCAAUCCUAACUUUCCGCCUUAAAUGCCAAUCUUCUCUCUCUUGCGCCCCUUGGGAUCUAAAUCUCUGGAUCGACACUGCCAUACAACACUGCGUUGAAACCAUGGAGCUUUCGCUGCCACUUACCGUCAAGCUGCCUUCAACGGCUCUCACAAGCGCGAAACUCGUGUCACUGACGCUAAGAGGAUUAACGGUGGAUAAUGUACGGAGUGUUUCGUUGCCUGCACUGAAGUUUUUGCACCUUAACGAUGGAGUUCGUUUCACGGAAAGUCGGUAUUUGGAGAUGCUGCUAUCGGGCUGCCCAAUUCUUGAGGAUCUCCGGAUCGGUCAACUGGAGGCUUGGCACUUUGUGACGGAAUUUAACCUCCCCAACUUGAUCAAAGCAGAUGUUAUGAGCGUUUCGGUUCCAAUUGCCAAGUUUUAUAACGUCAAAUUUCUCUCUAUCUGCGUGGCAGACUUCCCUACUACUCCAGAAUGCACCUUUCAUAAUCUAAUUCGAAUGCGGCUGCUUGUUACAUGUUCUUGUAAAUGGCAUUUGUUGGUAGGUUUGCUCAAGUAUUGUCCCAAGCUUCAAUUUCUAAGCAUUAUUGUAAAUACCACGGUAAUUAGUACAAUUGAUAGUGAAUUUGUUUGCUCAUCAGAAUUGUUAGUCCCUGAAUGCGUUUCCACGAGGCUCAGUGUUUGUGUUCUGGAAGCUGCAGAAUUGAGCAAUGCAGUGCAGGUAUCAACAUCCGUAGAAGAGAGGCGAGGGAAGGAUGGAGACGUGGUGAGACGCGAGCAUUCACUAGGCGUUGGGUGCAAUGAUGGCAGAUGA